UACAAAUGCAGAUACAUGUGUCGAUGCGCUUUUAAUAUCGCAAGCGACAAGAUUACUGGCUUGUGCUUUAGUGGCCUGUGUAAGGUCAGUUACUGGGGCCAUGGAUGUCAGUUAGGUGAGUCUUUUCAUUUUAUUUAAAACUGUAAUUUACGAUUUCCAGAUAACACAGUAGAAUAACGUUAACGUAUGAACUCAGCAAAUGUUAAAUAAAAUAAUUACAUGUAAAUUUCCGAAAGCAUUGUUUAAAAAAAAAAUACAUACAUUUGAAAAACUAACACCAACAUGAAACAUAAUCCCGUUUACUUAAAGAUGACAAGUGUUUCUAUAACCAGCAACCUAAAAAGUACAUGGGAAUGCAGAGCUCUACUAAAAGUAAUAUUUCAGCACUGGAAUACAAAAACUCCUCACGAUCAGGCGUACGCUGUGGACUAUUUUCUCGACCGCAGACUGCCCAACAACUACUGCAGAGCGACGCCAGACACGGUCGAGCCUUGGUGUUAUACAACAUCAAGAAAAAUUAGAUGGCAAUAUUGCCCCGUUGAAGAAUGUGGU